CCCUAUUAACAACUCUCCACCAUUAAUCCUCCUCCUUCGAGCCUUCGGACUCGGAUUUUGUACAAAAGUUGCAGAGAGUAAUGGCGACCAUGAAUUCCAGCGUCUUGGCCUGCAACUACGCCAUUUCAGGUGCUGGAUCCGCCGAGCUUAACUCGAAACUCAGCGCCGUGACUUCUGUUGCGUCGCCUGGGGUUUCUGGUUACAAGUUGCCUGCGAUUAGGGCUCAACAGGCUAGGGUUCCUGAAGCUAAGAAUGAAGGAAGGAGAACUGCGCUUCUCUUCCUUGGAGCUUCCCUCUUUGCUGCGGCUGCUGCUUCCUCCAACUCUACGGCUAAUGCUGGAGUCAUUGAAGAGUACCUUGAGAAGAGUAAAGCUAACAAGGAACUGAAUGACAAGAAAAGAUUAGCAACAAGUGGAGCAAACUUUGCAAGGGCAUACACUGUUCAGUUUGGAUCAUGCAAGUUCCCAGAGAACUUCACAGGGUGCCAAGAUCUUGCAAAACAAAAGUCCCAUUUAUCUCUGAUGAUUUGGAAUUGGAGUGUGAGGGGAAGGACAAGUACAAGUGUGGUUCCAAUGUCUUCUGGAAAUGGUGAAGAGAACAGAACAAUUUAUUAAAGUCUUUGUAUCUAAUUUUCAACUUUUAGUAAGUGUGAAAUUUUAUCAAGUCCAAUUCCAUUGCUUUCUUUCUUCUCUUUCAGACCAAAAUAAACCAAAUGAGAAAGUAGAAACCCUAGAAA